AUCAUCGUGAUUGAGGAUGUCGACUGUUAUGAAGAGGUCCACGCUCGAUCCAACACAAUAGUAGAUGUCAACCUUCCUCAAUUGGGUGCCCAAAAAAAUAAGCGUGAAUCGUCUACACUUUGUGGUCUGGCUGCGGGGAGGAGAGGAUCAUCAUAUUCACUACUAACCACAAGGAUAAGAUUGACCCUGCAUUGCAUCGUCCUGGCCGUAUGGAUAUGCAUAUUGAGUUGUCCUACCUAAAGCCGUCGGCUUUUUCCGUGCUGGCCUACAACUACCUAGGUCUCCGUGACGGCGACUACCCUCUUGAAGAAAUCCAGAACUUGAUGGAGUACACAGAGGUGACUCCUGCUUCUGUUGCGGAGGAAUUGUUGAGGAGCGACGAUGUAAAUGUCGCCCUUGGUGGAGUUGUUGAAUUACUUAAGCGGAAGAGGACGGCGGAGGUCAACGACGGUGAAGACGAAGGUGCAGCAAAGAGGAGAAAAUUAUCUGACUCUUGAAAUGUUCCUCUGAUUUUGGGUUCUGUAUAGUCAUUUGACGCCUUUGGGGACUGUUAAUUCAGGGGUUCUGGGCGCUUUAGGGUUAUU